GCAUAAGCGACAGUUAUGUAGGAGCCACCCACAGGAGGGUGGGUUCGUGUCCGUGUCAUCGCGUCUCAUCUCACACGUACCGAGAGCAGCUGCUACUCUACAUUGGUUGGUACACAACACCGCGAAGAAGGCAGGAAGGCAAGCGAGGCAAAAAAGGCGUGCACAGUGAGUGAGUGAGACAGCCAGCAUCCGGCCAUGAGAGAGGUCAUGAACAAAUUAUGGUCGUGAGACAGACAGUAUUUGCGGCUGGCCGGCGAGGUCUUCUCAACCUCCGUGCUAUGUGUGUACUGGUCUUGGCGCAAAAACGAAUUGGUGCGCAUGUGACGUAGAUUAACGUGACGUAUGUGUAUGUGUAUAUCACGUGUGUAUCGACAACAACCAAAGACAAGACAAGACAUGAAUGAGGGAUCGGAGAGGCCUGUCCGGCCUGCCUUGCAAAGACACAUGCAUGGAGAAACAAAGGGAGAAACGAGCGAGUGAUAAAAAGCCGACCGACGUACACACAGCCAGCGAUUGCGAUAAGCAGACAGACAGACAGACGGACGGACGGACAGACGGACAGAGAGAUGUCCAAGGACACUGGUCACGCCCGCCCCACACAAAUGGACACACCUCCCCGCCCGCACCUACCCCUCUCCCCUUACAGAGGACUUUGCAGAUACCAUCCAGCCACCAGGCACCAACCACCACCUCACACCUCCAUCCAUCCACCAUGUAAGCAAACAACGGAGAUGGCAUUCGACUGAUGCGCUCCCACAGCAAGGCAAGCAAAGCAGAAACAAACAUCACUUUUUGACUGACAUGAACCGAGCCCCUUGGCAUUCAUUUUCUCUCUGUCCUGUCUGGUACAAAAAUGCACACAGCUUGAAGGCGGUCAGUCUGACAGCAAACAACCAAAUAAUCAGUCAAUCAGUCAAUCAAGAACCCUCCCAUCUCCCAUGGCCAUCGUGUACUUACAUAAAUACGGGUGUGGGCAUCCCUGCCCUCUCAUGUGGUGGGCGUGGGCGGUCGGGGCCGAAACACGUCUGCCUUCUAUGUCUAUAGAGGCAGCCGCGUUUCAGCCACUCAUCCCCACGCACCCACACACAAGAGGGAGCGAUGGACGACCUCCACACCAGCUGUGCAGCUCGCUCGCAGCAGUCAAUCAGCCAAUCGGUCAAUAAAAGAGUGGGAAAACGGGAAAACGAAAACCCCAUGUAUACGAUCUGUCUGUCGGAUGCUGUCCUGCGGGCCUGCCGUCGUGUGCCGAUUCCUUAAGCCCGGCCGCCCGCAUGGAGAGCACCACACACAUAGACGUGCCUGGCAACCCACAUGCACGUGGCCCGAGUGAAGGGACCAGCACAACAUGGCAGCGAAGAGAGAGGUGAGGAACAAAGGCAAGAUGACUGGCACUGAUACACAGAGAGAGAGCUGGACAGAGAAAGAGCCCCAGCAAACACACAGGCAUACAGUGCCAUACACGCCCCGAUUCUUCUCUUUCUUCCUCUCUGUCUGUCUGUGCUGCUGGAGCGUAGCGGUGAGUAGCGCCGUCGACAGUCCACGCACCAGACAGCUGCUGUGGUCUCACGACACGACAGCUGUCAGGUGCGUCGUCUGUUGAUGACGGUAACCACCACCACACACGCAACGCACACUACACAGACCGCAGAUCUGACACACACAAACUCACACAGACGCACUCAUUUGGCAAAAAUCGGGCAGGCAAUACAGCACGGGAGACACUUACACCCACGCCCCCAACCCCAACUCCCCCCUCCCUCCCUCCCUCCCUGAGUCAGUGGAUGGACUGCUGCCGGUGGUUGUGCAUGACCAUGUGUGGGUGGUGGGGCUGGGCGUCCUGCACCUGCAUGCCGUCCAUCGCAGCACCACCACCAGCCGCAGCAGCCGCAGCAGCAGCACCGGAGCCAUCCUUCGCGGGACCGAUCAUCCCCAUCACCUGCGCACACACCACACACGGGGACUUCCACAUCAUGUGUGUGAUGUGGUGGUCCGCUCACCUCGUCAGCAGCCGCCGCCUCGAGCUCUUGUGUGCCUUGGGGGUAGGGGCUGCUGGCGCGGCGGGCGAUGCUUCUCUCAUGCUGCUCAUGGUCGGCAGGGUAACCAAACCCAAUCGCCUGUUGCUGCUGUGGCUGCGGCUCCUGCUGUGGCUGCUGCAGGUAGCCCCCCGAGUCAUCCGAACCCAUGUGAAAAGGCGGCUGCGGCAGCUGCAGUGGCUGCCCGUCCACCCCACCACCACCACCACCGCCCCUCUCCCCCAGCAUGUUGGUCUCAGCCAUCGACGCGGCCAGCAACGAGGCAGGAGUGCGGGCGCCGCUCGGGAGGCCGUGCUGCUGCCCAUUCUCAGCCGGGAACCCCACGGUGAUGGCGCUCUCGGGCGCGAGAGCAGGUGACCCUGGUGGCUGCCCGUAGGCCAGCCCGUUGGGCUGAGGCGUGUGAGAGGGGCUCCUGUGGUGUCCUGGGAUCCGCAGCACCACUGGCUCUGGGGUGGGGGGGCGGUGUGGGUGUGGGUGGGGGCUCCAUCCGCCCGCUUGGCUGUGGCUGGUGGGGGAGGCGCUGCCCGCACUGGCUGAUCUUGCCAGGGCUGCUGGUGGGCCAGGGGGGAGCAGCUGGUUGCUGAUGGCACGGUCGGGUGAGGGCGACUCGACGUAGGAGCCGGGGUAGGUGGGGGUGUUGGCGAGGGUGUGGAACUGGGAGAGUGAGGCCUGCAGGUGGGUGGCGCAGUAGUCCUCGGCCUUCUUGAACUCUAUCACCUGUGUCUCUGCCAAACGGAACACACACAGAGGGGCUCUCUGGGUGUAGGGGUGUCAGUCGGGUGUGUGCGUGCGUGUGUGUUGGGUGUGUGCCCUCGUACCACAAGUGGCGAUGUACCACUCGAAGAGGUUCUUGGGUAUGCGGAGCUUCAGCUGGAUGUGCUCGGGCUGCUUCAUCGGCACUGAGGGCGGGGCGACACACACAUCCACAGCAGACAAACAGACAGACACCAACAUAGGCAGCCUGUCUGUCUGUGUGGUGCUCCCUCGCUCGUUACGGUGAUAUGCUCACUGACGUACCGUGGGUCUUGAGGAAGGCGAACCCCUGUCGCUUGAGGUUGCCGAAGUCGGGGUCCUCGGCAGGGUUGUUAUCCGCCUCUCUGUGCACCACACAGACACACACACACACACACGCACACACGAUGGAGAUGUGGGUGUGUCGGUGUGUGGGUGGUGUGUGGUGUGGUGUGCUGACCUGAGAGUGAACCUCUUGGCGACCAUGAGAGUGCCCUCGCCGAACUCGAUGAGGAACUCAAAGUCGAGCUUGAACAGCUCCUGCAGAUGACGGGCACCCGCCGCGUUGAAACGCAACUUCAAGUAGGUGUAGCUCUGGGACACACACACACACAGACACACAGACACAGAGAGAGAGAGGUUUGUUUGCAAGUAGGUGAGCGGUAGGAUGCAUGGAUGGAUGGCUGGCUGAGAUGGCUUACGUAGCUGUUGUUUCUAUUGGCGACAAAGGCGUUAGGGUGGAAGACCUCGAUCUUGAACCACGGCUCAGUGUUGUUGCUGCCGUCGUAGCCGAACUGGUGCGCUGUGUCUGUGCAGUGCAGUGCAGCCACACACAUCAACAGAACAGUCAGUCGCCUGUGCCCCGCCCGCGUUGCCUUUGCUGCCCACUCACUCUCGAUGAAGCCAUACAGCUCCGGCGUCUCCUCCUCCUGCUUGAUCUCGAUGCCGCCCGUCCUGACAUCCACACACACACACACACACACACAAGAUGGCUGACAUUUGCCGACACGCCCUCUCAACCCUGCCCCCUCCCUCCCCCUCCGUCGCAGCUCACCUGAACUGCCUGAGCUCAGCGCACGCGGCGUUGUGCGCUCUGAGGAAGAGGUUCUCGCACGCCGAACCCAACAGACCCUCCAUCAUAGGCACACUGACUGCAGCACACGCACACACACACACACACACACACACACAAAAGGGAAAAGGUGUGAGCGGAUGGAUUCCGCAGCGAGGGAGGGCGGGAGGGGGCAUGCGUGCGUGUGCGUACUGUGGCUGGCGUCGAUGGCGCUUCUGGGAAGCGACAGGCGGCUCCGACCCGACACACUCGACCCGCUGCAAAAGGAUGGAUGGGUACGUGUGUGCCAUCGCUGGCACGCGUGUGUGUUCAGUGUAGUGUGGUGUGGCUGCUCACGCUUGGCUGAGUCCGUCGAAGUCGGUGAUGCUGAGCUUCUUCAUCACCUCCUUCCAACAACCUAACAGCCAGAGAUCAAAGGAACCAACAAACACGUAAAGGAAACGAGGCCCCAGCAGUACAGUGCAGUGCUCUCCCAUCACACUGCCUCACGCGCACACCCGUUGCACACACGUACUGAUGUUCUGUUUGUAGUGCUCGGUGGCGAACUUGCUCUUGAGGACGUGCUUGCCGCAGACGCGGCAGAGCGUCCUGGUCUGUCCGUUCCAGUCGAAGUCGAUGCGCAGGUCGCCGAUGAAGAGGUCACCCCGGGUGACCUUCCGCUCCUUGACGCUGGUCGCCGGGAACUCCCAGACGUUCUCAAAGAUCUGACACACAGACAGACAGACAGGCAGACAGAUAGACACACCGGUGGCGGGAGGGGGUACACGCGCGCACACACAGACACCACUCCCCUCCCUAUGUUUUGGCCACCUCAUCGAUGAGGAGGCAGUCGCCCUGUAUUCUCUGGUUGAGAGGUUUCUUUCGCUCGCGGAAGAAGUCGGUGCAGUCCUGCUCAGGCUGCAGCCGGAACGACAAACCAGCCAUCACCUCACCCACUCCACUACCGCACCUCACGUCACGAGCUCAGGCAGAUCAGAUGGGUGAGAUCUCGCUCGCCGAACCGCGACAAAAACAGCAGUGCGUGUGUGUCCACUGCAGCUCUUUCAGAUCCUU